CGCGGGAACCGGCGCGAGCUUCCGCAGCGGUGGUUUGUGUGCUUCCAGUUGUGCCAACUUUCCUGGGUGCCAUGAGCUGCGUCAACCUGCCCACCGUGCUCCCCGGCUCCCCCAGCAAGACCCGGGGGCAGAUCCAGGUGAUUCUCGGACCCAUGUUCUCAGGAAAGAGUACUGAGCUGAUGAGACGGGUCCGGCGCUUCCAGAUCGCUCAGUACAAGUGCUUGGUGAUCAAAUACGCCAAAGACACGCGGUACAGCAGCAAGUUCUCCACGCAUGACUGGAACACCAUGGACGCGCUGCCGGCCUGUCUGCUCCGGGACGUGGCCCAGGAGGCCAUGGGCGUGACUGUCAUCGGCAUCGACGAAGGGCAGUUUUUCCCUGACAUUGUGGAGUUCAGUGAGACCAUGGCCAACGCUGGGAAGACUGUGAUCGUGGCUGCACUGGAUGGGACCUUCCAGAGGAAGGCUUUCGGGGCCAUCCUGAACUUGGUGCCCCUGGCCGAGAGCGUGGUGAAGCUGAACGCCGUGUGCAUGGAGUGCUUCCGAGAGGCCGCCUACACCAAGAGGCUGGGCAUGGAGAAGGAGGUGGAGGUGAUUGGAGGAGCAGACAAGUACCACGCUGUGUGCCGCCUCUGCUACUUCCAGAAGGCCUCGGGUCAGCCGGGGCUGCCCGCCGGGCUGGACAGCGAGGAGGAUAAGGAGAACUUCCUGGCGCUGGGGAAGCUGGGGGAGGCAGCCGCCACCAGGAAGCCCCUGGCCCCGCAUCAGGUCCUGCAGUGCAGCCCCGCCGACUGAGCCUGGGGGCAGCGCCCUCUAGCGGACACCUGCACCCUGUGCUGAGCAGCCCUUUCAGAAGAGGAAGUGGGGGCAGAGGAGGUUCCACUGGCUUGUGGAAUUUCCUGUCUGCAGGGCCCUUGCCGGGCUGGGGGUCUGCAGUCCCAUUUCCCUCUUUGCCUGCUCCCUGGUCUUUCUCAGUUCCCUUCCCCGCUGCUGUCACUCGUGAUGCGCCGCAGGCCGGAGCUGGCCGUGGCUCCAGUUCUGCAGACGCGACCGCUCCUCUGGGGCGGGGGGCAGGCCCCUGCUGUUUGACGUCAGCAGGGCAGGCUUCUUCCCGCUGUGGCUUUGCUGCUGAGUUUCUCUUCUCACUGGCAAGUCGGGGACCAGCAGCCCCGGCUCGGCGCUGCGUCAUUCCGCAGUCAUUCCCCACCUCUCCGGGGUGGGCUCCGGGCACCUGGGCACCGCUGCACUUGUGCUUUCUUGCUUCUCUCCUUCCCUCUGGGCUGGAAAUCUUUCCUAGUCUGAUGAUCACUUCCUCCAGAAUUACAGCUUCUAUCACGGGUGACACUUACCUGCUGGGGCUCAGGUCCCUUUUGCUCGUCUUUUGAGGGGGGCAGACAGGAGUAGUUGGGGACAAGGUCCCUGAUUCUUCUGUUGUAGUGUGUGAAAUUAAUAACUAACAUUAAAAUGUACUGGUUGAGGCCCUG